AUGAGCAGGCCUAAACUGUUUUUAUUCAACAAUCUUCAUGAAAUAGAAGAUAUUAUUUUAAAAUUUUCUAAAACUACUAUUUGUACUGGUACUUUUAUUCCUACAGAAUUGUUAAAGUAUAAACCUAAUACAGCUUGGCGUAUAGAUAAUGAUGAAAAGUUUCAUCAUUCAAAAUGCUUACUAAUUAGUUUACCAUCAAGUUCCCAUGAUAAUUCUUUAAAUAAUCCUACACAAACAAAAAAAGCUCCUCAUUUAAAUUUGCCACCGGAGCCUAUUAUAACACGUUGGAGUACGUGGAUCAUCGCCUCGAAUUACUAUUGUGAAAACAUUGAAAUCAUACGUAAAAUUCUCGAAAAACUAGACGCCGAUGAUGCUGUUAGCAUCAAAGAGGCCAAAAAAUAUAUUUCCAAAGCUGGUAUUGAAAGAGAUUUGGCCUACAUAAAGUCCAAUUUUACAAUUUUAACAGUUUCCAUUACCAAGUUGCAAAAACAAGGGCUACCAUUAGCUGAAGCUAUAAAUGUAUUUGAAAAUGUUGAAAAAGUUUUUGAAACCCUUCAAGGACCAAUUGGAAAAGCUGUUUUUAAUAAACUCAAUAACGUCACCCACAAAAAUGUCGGUCUUAAAAUUUUAAAAAAUAUUUCAAAUAUAUUAUCUGGUGUAACUAUGAACACAGAACUUGAACCUGGACUUCCUGAAGACUUUUCAACAGAUGAUCUCGUGUACUUUAAGUUUGCACCAAUUACGUCAGUGGACAUUAAGCGGUCGUUUUCAAUGUACAAGACUCUACUAAGUAACAAUCGAAGAUCAUUUCACUUUGAAAACUUGUACAAACAUCUAAUUAUUCAAUGUAACUUUCAAGAACAAUCGCAGAAUAAAUGAGUACCACAAGUCGUUUACCACAAUAAUUCCGAUGUUAUAUUAUUCAAUUUUUUUUUUUAAUAAUAAUAAUAAUUUUUUUUUUCGCAUAUUUUAGUAUUUUUAGUGC